AACUCUGAGAUGAGGUUCGCAUUCUAGAGCUGAUAUUCUCGCGUUCUCGAAUACGCCCAUAUAAACGCAUCAGAUUUGAUCAUGUCUGCUGAGGUCGAAGAGUCGGCACCCGCCCAAGCCCCUGCUCCAGCAGCACCCAAAACGAAGAAGGCUUCGGCGAAAAAGGCAAAACCUGCCGUGACUGCUUCUCCUGCCAAAAAGAAGAAAAAGAAGAGCAAGGGGCCCGGGAAGUACAGCCUGCUCGUCAUCGAUGCGAUCCGAACCCUGGGCGAGAAAAACGGCUCGUCGCUUUUCAAGAUAUACAACGAAGCGAAGAAAGUGAGCUGGUUUGAUCAGCAGAACGGCCGCAUGUAUCUGCGCUACUCCAUCCGCGCGCUCCUGCUCAACGACACGCUCGUGCAGGUGAAGGGACUGGGUGCCAACGGCUCAUUCAAGCUAAAUAAGAAGAAAUUUGAGAAAAAAACAAAGAAGAGUGCCACCAAGACGACUAAGACAGAAAAACCUGCAAAGUCGGAGUCCAAAAAAGAAGCGACCAAGAAAGUGAGUGCAAAGAAGAGCGCCAAAAAGAGCCCCGUUAAAAAGAAGACCUCAAAGAAGACGAGUGUUAAGAAGGCGACACCCAAACCGAAGAAAGCAGCUGCAAAAAAGCCAAAAGUCGCGGUGAAGAAGGCAACCAAGGCGAAGAAAUCAAAAUAGACUUUCUGUGAAAAUGAAGAAUUAUAUUUUUGUAUAGCUUCUUGGAAAGAGAACACAUAGACAAAGGGGGAUUUUUUUUUAUAUAUGUAUAUUGAUAUUUUUGUUGACUUUAGUUAUGCUCUCAUUAAGGGUUUGAUCGGAUGUAGUGCUUCUAGAAAACUGCUUCAUAGAGACACACCCACUUUAGUUUCUGUGCUGCAAGACGUCAUGCUUAUUCUUAAAUGAAAGUAAAAGUUUCAUUUGCUGCACUAAACAGGAUACUUGGUACUAGCUAACUAGACGAAGAUGAACGCUUUGUGGCUAGAACAGCGUUUUUUUUUUUCAUAUGACAUUUUGAUGAACUGCAAAAAAUAACAACGUACUUGUUUAAAUAAAAAUGUGAUGUUUAAAUAAAAAUGAUUGCACAACCUU